AUGUCAAAGAAGAUCAUCCUCAAGAGCUCCGACGGCGAAUCGUUCGAGGUAGACGAAGUGGUUGCGCUCGAAUCCGGGACGAUUAAGCACAUGGUCGAAGACGACUGCGUCGCUGAAGGAAUCCCUCUCCCGAACGUCACCAGUGCCAUCCUCGCGAAGGUCAUCGAGUACUGCAAGAAGCACGUCGAAGCCGCCGCUGAAGCUAACGCCGGAGACAAGGAUAUCUACGGUAACACAGAGGACACUGAGCUGAAGAAUUGGGAUGCAGAGUUCGUUAAAGUUGAUCAGUCUACGCUCUUUGAUCUCAUCCUGGCGGCUAACUAUCUGAACAUUGGUGGACUUCUUGACCUUACGUGCAAGACUGUGGCGGAUAUGAUGACAGGGAAGACUCCAGAGCAGAUGCGCGAACACUUCAACAUCAAGAACGACUACACAGCCGAGGAAGAAGCAGAGGUUCGCAAGGAGAAUGCAUGGGCCUUCGAGUGACUUUUGAUCCCUGUUGGUGGUUUAGGAUCCUUUAGUCUAGUCUAGUCUUUUAUUAGAUGUCUUUCUUUCUUUUCUCUUUUGGUUUUAAGUUUGUCGUUUAACUACAAACAUAAUUAUUUGUUCUACUAACAAGUUCUGUUGGUUUUUAUCAUAAAACUUGGGUGUUUCUGCUGUCUUUUGAUCUAUAAUUGGUCGCUAUCAUCUUAUUUGCUCG